GGGGCUUGACAGUUAAUGAUUUGCCGCAGAAGGAGCCCGCCGGCCGCGGUGCGAGAAGGACGCGAGCGAACCCGGCAGCGCGGACUCACUGGCCGAGCCGAGCCGCCACCGGCAGCACAGGCACCGCCUCCCGUCUUCCGGGACCCGGCACGUCUAGGGGUUCCGGGCGCCGGAGACCGCGGGGCUCCCAUGGAGGCCACCUCGCCGGCGGGAUCCGCCCGCCCGCAGCCGCACGCGCAGGGAGCAGCGGGCGAGUCCGCCAGCCUGCUGCUCUGGAUCAAGGGCAAACUCUUCACCUGGAAUAUUUUGAAAACAAUUGCCCUGGGUCAGAUGUUGUCCUUGUGUAUAUGUGGGACAGCCAUCACCAGCCAGUAUUUGGCAGAAAGAUACAAAGUGAAUACCCCCAUGCUUCAGAGCUUUAUCAACUAUUGCUUGCUGUUUCUAAUUUAUACAGUGAUGCUGGCAUUUCAAUCAGGUAGUGAUAACCUUUUAAACAUCUUGAAAAAGAAAUGGUGGAAGUACAUCCUGCUUGGACUAGCAGAUGUAGAAGCUAAUUACCUGAUUGUCAGAGCAUACCAGUACACAACUCUAACCAGUGUCCAGCUUUUGGAUUGCUUUGGGAUUCCUGUGUUGAUGGCUCUCUCGUGGUUUAUUCUUUAUGCAAGAUACAGAGUGAUCCACUUCAUCGCUGUGGCUGUCUGUCUGUUGGGCGUAGGAACUAUGGUUGGUGCAGACAUAGUAGCAGGGAGGGAAGACAAUUCAGGUAGUGAUGUACUGAUUGGUGACAUCUUGGUCCUUCUUGGGGCUUCCCUCUAUGCUGUUUCUAAUGUGUGUGAAGAAUACAUCGUGAAGAAGCUGAGCAGACAGGAGUUUUUAGGAAUGGUGGGCUUGUUUGGAACAAUUAUCAGUGGCAUACAGCUAUUGAUUGUGGAAUAUAAGGAUAUUGCCAGCAUUCACUGGGACUGGAAAAUUGCCCUGCUGUUUGUAGCAUUUGCCCUAUGUAUGUUUUGCCUGUACAGCUUCAUGCCACUGGUGAUUAAAGUCACUAGUGCCACUUCUGUCAACCUGGGCAUCCUGACAGCUGACCUCUACAGUCUUUUCUUUGGACUCUUUCUGUUUGGCUAUAAGUUUUCAGGACUCUACAUCCUGUCUUUCACCGUCAUCAUGGUGGGGUUCAUUCUGUACUGCUCCACUCCAACACGCACUGCAGAACCGUUUGAAAGCAGCAUGCCACCAGUUACCAGCAUUGGAAUCGACAACCUGGGACUGAAGCUUGAGGAGAACCUCCAGGAGGCCCACUCUGCAGUCUUGUAGCUGGAGAAGAAGGCACACACGUACACCUGGGGUUUCCUGGGAAGCUGGAAGCUGUCACCUGGAUAAAGCAGAGUCUACUGCCUUGGGAUACUUGGAAAAUUAUCAGACUCAGAGUGAAUACUCUGUAGCGUUGGGUUGGAUCCAGUGGUUAGAUUUUACAAAGGAAUACAAAAUAAUGUAUCAAAAGUAGAAAUUCCAAAAUAGGGCAGAAGCCAAGGCCAGAAUUGUGUUUCUGUGUGUUUGAGGGCCAAUACCUAUUAGUGUCAGGGAGACAAGGAGUGGGACCCACACUGGGGUCUUAGAGGUACAAGUAGGAAAGCAGGAUUGGAUAGAUACCUGGGUGUGAGCCAGCCUCAGGACACAGCCUGAAAGCAGGCUGUCCAGGCUGGGCUAGGUAGUCAGGAGGAGGGGCAGCCCAGGUUGGUUUUGGAGUAGGUUUCCUCAUUUGGAGGCAUCUGAGUUUUGUCCUGCUGAGGCAGUUAUUGUCCUUGUACAAGCCUCGUGGCCUUUAGGCCACUAGAUGAGGUCUGGUGACUGAUUGCACAUGUUGGGAACAUGGGUGGGCAGUACUUGAGAAAUCCUGAGAUACAACUGUGAGUACCAUAGAAGCCGUAGAGUACAGUAAACCUAGGAACCUUCUCCCAAUUGUUAUUAUGCUACUUCUUAGCAAAUAAUGUGCCAUGAGAUUUUUAUGAUACUUCUUCAAUACAGAGUGUUAAUAUGUAGCAUCAUUAUGAUAUCAACUACUAGUAUGCCACUUUACAAAAACUCUGUAUGUAAACUUUUUUAGGUAAAAAUAUAAUAAAGAAAUUGAGGGUAAGUGUUCAUAUUAUUAAAAGAUUUUGAUUUCAUGGAAAUAUA